CCCUGGCAGUUGAGGAAGAAGAGUGGGAGGAGGGAGUCAGGACCCAGACCCACAGUGGGUCAGCGUUUGAAGAACCAGGUUGUGGAGAAGACUGGGCUGUGAGCAAUCAGGCUCUUGGGAUGGGACUUGUGGGGAUUGGGCUCGGAGAAGACGCGGCUGUGGGGACCCGGGCUCCGAAGGAGACUUAGGGAACCGGGACGAAUGUAGCUUUUGAAAAUGGCUGCCUCUCAUUUCACCGGGCUCACAGCUGUUGCUGAUGUAAUUAAAGAUCUAGACACUCAGAUAGCUUUGAUUGGCCUUGGUCCUCACAGCUCCAAAAAGAAACAGGAUCUUGAUAAGCUCUAUGAGCUGAAGUCCAAAGCUCGGCAGAUUAUGAACCAGUUUGGCCCCUCAGCACUAAUCAACCUCUCCAAUUUCUCAUCCAUAAAACCGGAACCAGCCAGUACCCCUCCACAAGGCUCCAUGGCUAAUAGCACUACAGUGGUAAAAAUUCCAGGCACUCCUGGGACAGGAGGUCGUCUUAGCCCUGAAAACAAUCAGGUAUUGACCAAGAAGAAAUUACAGGACUUAGUAAGAGAAGUGGAUCCAAAUGAGCAGUUGGAUGAAGAUGUGGAAGAGAUGCUGCUGCAGAUUGCUGAUGAUUUUAUUGAGAGUGUGGUGACAGCAGCCUGCCAGCUUGCCCGGCAUCGCAAGUCCAGCACUCUGGAGGUGAAAGAUGUCCAGUUGCAUCUAGAACGCCAGUGGAACAUGUGGAUUCCAGGAUUUGGUUCUGAAGAAAUACGGCCCUACAAAAAAGCUUGCACCACAGAAGCUCAUAAACAGAGAAUGGCAUUGAUCCGGAAAACAACCAAGAAAUAACACACGGAAAGGUCAGGGAAUGGACAACAAUGUAUUUGGAGAUACUUGAG